AUGCCGUUAAACAAGUCUAACAUAAGAGAAUAUAAAUUGGUUGUCGUAGGUGGUGGUGGUGUUGGGAAAUCAGCAUUGACUAUCCGUUUAAUUCAAUCCCAUUUUGUUGACGAAUAUGACCCUACUAUUGAGGACUCUUAUAGAAAACAAGUAGUCAUUGAUGAUAAAGUGACUAUUCUCGACAUUUUGGAUACUGCAGGUCAAGAAGAAUAUUCUGCCAUGAGAGAACAAUACAUGAGGACUGGUGAAGGGUUCUUAUUGGUUUAUUCGGUUACUUCUAGAAACUCAUUUGAAGAAUUGAUGAAUUAUUAUCAGCAAAUUCAAAGAGUGAAAGAUACAGAUUAUGUUCCUAUCAUGGUUGUUGGUAACAAAUCUGAUUUAGAGAUUGAAAGACAAGUUACGUUUGAAGAAGGUAUGACAAUGGCAAAACAGAUGAACUCUCCCUUUUUAGAAACGUCUGCUAAGGAAGCAAUUAAUGUAGAAGAUGCAUUUUAUAAUUUGGUUCGUCUGGUAAGAGAUGAUGGUGGGAAGUUCAAUAAAUCAUUACAGAAUAAUAAUGAUGAUUCUCAAUUGAACAACGCCAAUGCAAAUUCAAACUAUCCAAACCAUAAGAAUGCUCAAAAUACUCGUAUACAAGAAAACCCUUCGAUGAAACCACAACAUCAUCAACAGUUCAAUCAAUUGAACAAUACCACAUCGCAUAAUAACUAUAAUAACAAUAAUACAAACUAUAACAACAACAUCAAUAAUAAUAACACUGACAAUAUCAACUCGAAUAUAAUAGAAAAUAAUGAUCUUUCAAACACAAAUACUUCUCAACCCAAUAAUAAUAACCAAUACAAUAGUAAUAACAACAAUCAAAAUACUGAUCUAAUAAAUAAUAUAAACAACCGAACCAAUUCUUCAAAUAUAAAAGAAUCUUCUUCACACGAUGCCUCCUUAGCGAACAACACAAGCAACGUACCCGCAGGACAAUCUUCUAAUAGGAAACAUUCCAAGAAAUCGUCUUCAUCUUCAGCCGCAAAAAAUGCAAGAGCUAAUCAAUCUUCAACAAACAACACAAGUGCUGGCGCUGGCGGUAAUGACAAGAGUAGUGGUGGCGGCUGUUGUGUGAUUUCAUAA